UUUUGAGCAAAAUUCUGCAACAAAAGUAAGGUUCAAAAUAUAAAGUUAAAGGAUCACUUAAGGCAAGCUGUGUGCACUUAUAUUUCAUGUCUAAAGAUUUUGAAAACAUUGCAUAAAAUAAUGGAAGUCGGUGAUCAAAACAUUUUUCAAGAAGACUUGUUUUCCUUGAUAGACAAAGCUGCUAAAUCUGGUCGUGUAGCAGACAUGGUUGAAUGCUAUAAUUGUAUUAAAACAACAAGCACAAACUGUAGCCAAGAGAUCUUAGACUCUGGCCUUCUAUCAGCUUGUUGUUAUGGAAGAAAAUUCCUGGUGCAUGUACUCCUGUCUUACGGUGCCAACAUGGAGACAAGAGACGAUGAUGGCAACACACCACUUUUGAUAUGUGCUGAGAAAGGUUUCACAGAGAUAGCUCUGUCACUGGUUGAAAAAGGCGCUGAAAUCAACAGUUACAAUAAAGACGGUGAUACUGCUCUUUUACUAGCAAUAGAAUCAUCCGGGUGUUCUGAACUUGUGGUCGAACUUGGAGACAAAACUGGUAUCAAUAUUUAUCAUAAAAAUAAUCAAGGAUACACUGCUUUGAUGAAAGCUUUUGACGUUUUUGACCUACCUACUGCUGUUCACUUGCUUACAAAUAAUGAGGAAUUGUUUGAAAGUGUGUCUAAGUCUAAGACAGAUCUGUUGGAGAAUUUGUGCUCCAGCUUAAAUUACACAGCUGAUGCCGAUGAUAAUGUAAGUGUUCAUUCAAUUGCCUCGUUAGUUAUUGACCAUGUAUUAGAUGGUGGAACGUUUUUAGAAAAGGCAGUGUUGAAUAAAGAUAUUCAAAUAAUACAACUGUUAUUAGAUAGCGGAAUGUCUGGUUUUUAUUGUAGUACUUUAGAUGAAAAAAUAAUUUCCAAGUUUUUAACAUCACUUCUAUACAGUUCAAAAGAGAUUAAUGAGCGAGAUUUAAAUAUCAUUAAAGUUCUGAUAAAAGCUGGCGCUCCAUUGAACUCUACUUUUAGGGUUGUUGAAGACAGUCCCUUAUUCCUAGCUAUCAAAAUAGGCAAGUUUGAGUUGGUAGAAAUGUUAUGUUGUCAUGGAGCUGAUGUAAACAAAUGUGAUCAUACAGGUCAGAACCCUUUAGUUGUAGCUGCUAAAAGUGGUCGCUGUGACAUGAUGAACUUACUGAUUAAACAUGGAGCGAAUGUCAACUCAACUGAGACUUGUUUGGCAUUGCUUGUUUCCUUUGAGGGUUCCAAGUUAGAUUGUGCUAAACUACUUGUUAAACACAGAGCAAAAAUGGAUAUGGUAAAAGCAGUUAAUGUUGUUUUAAGAACUGGUGAUCCAGAACGAUUUUUGUUCUUGAUGGAACAUUUUAAGUCUGAUUUUAGCUUUUGGAUAGAUAGUGCUGGGAACGAGUUAAUAAACAAAGCAGCUGAGUUGGGACAUAAAGACUUAAUAAAACUACUGCUUGAGCAGGGAGUUGAUGUGAAUGCGAGUUACAAUGACAAAACUCCCCUGGUUUCAGCCACUGAUCCUGAAGUUUUGGAAUUCCUUAUCAAUCUUGGCGCUAAUGUUAAUAAGCAAAUAAAAUCAUAUUUUGACACCUGCACUGCCUUAAUCUGUAUAUUGCGAAAAGAAUUGUUUGUGCCUAGACAACAUGCGCUGGGGAGAGUGCAGACCCUACUGCGACAUGGGGCUAAUGUUCAGAGCUGUGACACAAAUGGGGAUUUUCCAUUACUAUUGGCUGUAAAAAAUUAUGAUUCUCUGGAAAUCACUGAAGCUCUACUACAAGCUGGAGCUAAUGUUAAUCAGUUAAACAAUGAUGGAGUGAGUGCAUUGCAUGUUGCUGCACAGAGUCGAUCACUGUCAAAGGUAAAGCUGCUACUUGCACAGGGUUCAGAUGUCAACAUAAAAACUACCACGGAACAAACUCCUCUGCAGUAUGCAUUCAGCUCUCCCGACCCCCAAAUAAUACAGCACUUAGUUGAACAAGGAGCGAGUGUCAAUGUUGUUGAUUAUAGAGGAAAUACACCAUUGCUUCUUGCAAGUUCUCUAGAAAAUGAUGCAGUCAUAAAAAGCAUUGUGAAAGCAGGGGCAGACAUGAACCACCAGAACAACAGAGGGUAUACUGCUCUAAUGCUUGCGGCAAAAAAAUGUAAACCAAUGGCAAUCAAAGCAUUGUGUGAGUCAGGGGCUGAUGUAAAUUGUAUCAGUACAGCAAGGGUAGGUACUGCUCUUUCUCUACUGUUAGGCAGGAUUUAUGUUGGUAAAUUAAAUUAUGAGGAGUGUAUAAAUUGUUUGAUUGAAAAUGGAGCGGACUGUUCUUUUUUGCAACCUACAGUAGUUCAGAGAUUAAUUUACUCCAGAAGAAUUAGCAGUUUAAAGUAUUUGAUUUCCUUAGGUUUUGGACCAGUAAAUACCAGUGAGUACGGUAAUACCAUAAAUUCACCUUUUAAAGAGGCACUAAGUAGCGGUUGUGUUGGUACUGCCAAAUUCUUCAACAAAAUCAGUUUUCUAACACGAUGUGAUGUGACAGCUUUAUCUCUUAACAAAGUUUUCAGGAAUUGUUUGGAAAGCAAUGGUUACAGUGAAUGUUUGAAAUUUUUUGACGAGUACUCGUCCCAACCCAUGUCUCUACAGAAACUCAGUUUUGUUGUCGUGUCGUCUGCUGUAGGUGCUGAUGCUGGGAGAAAAGAACGGGUGAGAAAACUCCCAAUUCCAAAAUUAAUUCAUGACAUGCUGUUGUUCAAACAUGCACAAGAUGUUGAUGAUGAAGAAUUGCUUGUUGAACAAACUAAUAUCUAUGACUAGAACAAACAUGCGCAAGAUGCUGAUGAUGAAGAAUUUUUGUUGAACUAAGAUCGAUGACUAGCACAAGGUGCUCAAGAUGUUUAUUUUGAGUUUAAAUCAGAUGUUGAUAUUGAUUUUAGAGAAAUUCUUGUUAAACAAACAUCCAUAUUUCUAUUCCAGUAUACACAUUCAUUUGCAUGAAAGAUGUCACUUUGUAUGAUAAAAUUAUUUUUAUACCGCAUUUGUUUAGUUUUAUCAAGCUAGUCACAUUUAACACAUUACAUCUUUACAUUAGACUAAGUGAUAUGUAACAUUUUAAAAAUUGUAAUAUUACAUAAAAAUAUGUAAAUAAAAAUUGAUGUAGAUAAGUAAAAUUGUCAUAAUGUACCUCAAUUGUACCAGAUUUUGUUACACAGAAAUUAAAACCCCAGCAUGUUGAUUAAAAUCCUC